CCCUAGUUAACCGCACACCUGCGUUCACUUUCAUGAUUGCAGUUUCCCUCCUGCAUCACCUCCAUAACACCGUGGCUUCUUUUAGUCCUCAGAUAGCUCCCUGUUAAGUUUUUAUUUGGUUAUACCUACACUGGUUUUUGUCCAUUCAGACAAUGGCUGAAUACAAGCUCAAGGUGACAACAGGUGCCAUGAAGCAUGCAGGGACGAUAGAUCACAUCUAUGUCAUCUUGUUUGGAACCGAAGGGCAGAGCGAGCGCACAGUGUUGAACAACUUGGGGAUUGACUUUAAAACUGGAAAGACUGGUGUGUACAUGGUCAAAACCAGCUCGUCUCUGGGGAAACUUCUGCUUGUCAAGGUGGAGAAGGAUCCUUUUUUCAUCUUCCCAGAAGACGAGUGGUACUGCUCCAAAAUAGAAGUGACGACUCCAGAGGGCGACAACCUUGUUUUCUCCUGUUAUAGAUGGAUUUCCAGGGGUGAACUUGUGGAGCUCAGGGGAGGGAAAGCAAUAAAGAGUUUGGAGGAGGAACAUUCUCUGCUGAUUGACCACAGAAAAAAAGAACUGGAACUCAAAAAGAGCUCGUACCGAUGGGAGAGUACAGAUGAUGGGUUGAUGCAUUUCAGUCACUUCAAAGAUAUAUCUGAGCUGCUUGCAGAGGUUCGGUUUUCCUUAUCAAAAUCAGAAGAAUUCAAGUGCACACAAAAGAUGAUUUCUACUGAACUGCUGUUAAAGGGACUGGCCAAACCUGGUAAAAGAUGGCAAAGCAUUGAGGAAAUGAGAAAAAUCUUCACGUUUAAAAAGACCAUCAUGUCAGAGUAUGUUUCCCAGCACUGGAAGGAAGAUGACUUUUUUGGAUUCCAGUUUUUAAAUGCAACAAACCCCAAUGUGAUCAAGCGCUGCUCCGAACUUCCCCCAAACUUUCCAGUGACGGAUGAGAUGGUUAAACCUUUUCUGGAAACUGGAACCAGCCUGGAGAGGGAAAUGGAGAAAGGCAACGUAUUCCUGUGUGACCAGAGAAUAAUGGAUGGAAUCCCAACCAGAGUGAAGGAAGGAAAUCCUCUGUAUUCGACUGCUGGUUUGUGCUUGUUCUACGUGAACCCUGAACAACAUCUGAAGCCGGUUGCAAUACAGCUGCACCAACAACCCUCUGAGCAGAACCCCAUCUUUCUGCCAAGUGACUCGGAGACGGACUGGCUUCUGGCCAAGCUGUUCAUCAGAAGUUCAGACCAGAUCGAACACCAGGCCGUCCAUCACCUCAUGAACACUCACUAUCUGGCAGAAGUCUUUGCUGUUGCUACUCUCCGCUGCUUCCCUACCAUUCAUCCCCUCUAUAAGCUGCUGAUUCCACACUUCCGCUACACUCUGCACAUAAACAUCCUCGGCCGUAAACUUCUUCUUGGACCUGGUGGGGCCUUAAGUGAGAGUUCUCUUGGAGUGGAGGGGCUGACGGAGCUGAUGAGAAGAGCUCUGUCUCAGAUGACCUACGGCUCUCUCUGUCUGCCUGAGGACAUCGCUGCACGAGGACUGGAGUCCAUCCCCAACUUCUACUACAGGAACGACGCUUUGAAGCUGUGGAAGUACAUCAACAGUUUUGCAACAGGCAUGGUGGAGCACUACUAUCCCUCGGACAGCGACGUGCUCGACGACGCUGAGCUGCAGGAAUGGAUCAAUGAAAUAUUCACACAUGGGUUCUUAAGAAACAAACAGUCAGGUUUUCCAUCAUGCUUCAAUACCACGGAGGAAUUGGCCAAGUUCAUCACCAUGGUGAUCUUCAGAGUGUCGGCACAACACGCUGCUGUUAACGCUGGACAGUAUGACUACAACUCCUGGAUGCCCAAUGGAUCCCUCCUGCUGUGCCAGCCUCCUCCAGCCACUAAGGGGAAGACCAGCAUGCAGACAAUUCUGGAGGUUCUCCCAAAUGUUGAGGAGACGGUCAAGAUCGUGUCAACUGUAAGGAUUCUAUCAGAAAAGUACACUGACGUGGUUCUCCUGGGGGAUUUUCCAGAAGAGCAUUUUGACGAGCUGGUCCCCAAGCAGAUCAUCAAGGCCUUUCAGGCUGAUUUGUCUUACAUGAGGGAAGAAAUCGCAGCAAGAAAUUCUCACCUGGAAGUACCCUACACCUAUCUAAACCCUGCUGUGAUAGAGAACAGCGUGGCCAUUUAGGGAAAACAAAAAGCACAACUUAUUUUGUAUCUCUUUUAUUGUCUGAGGUUGGUCAUGUAUC